AUUCUCCUAUAAAAGCUGAUACUUUCUUCCAGUGUCAGCUGUAAAUCAACAAUAACCGUUUUCAAGCAACCACCUUUCUUCUUCUAACUGCCAUGGAUUCCGCUUCGCGCUCAAUUCUCCGAAACUUUUCUUCUACGGCCGUCAUUUUCCCGCCAAGUAACAACACCACUGCCCGCUUCUUCGAUCUACCGAAGACCAACCACAACCCCAACUUGGUCCCUCUAUUUUCCUCCACUUUCCCAAGAAACCCAAAUUUUCCCGGAAAAUGUCUGCACUUCGAUCGGUUCUCCGCUUUCAGCUCUCUCUGCGGCGUUCAGGAUCAGAACCCAUCUCAGGAGCUCGCUGUUCUUCUCGAAGUCGAUGGGGUUCUUAUGGAUGCUUACCGGAUGGGGAACCGCCAAAGCUUCAAUGCAGCAUUUAAGAAGCUCGGACAGCGCUGUACAAAUUGGACAGAGCCUGUUUACUUGGACCUCCUAAGGGAGAGUGGUGGUGAUGAGGAAAAGAUGGUGAAUUUGUAUUUUAAUCGGAUUGGUUGGCCUAGUUCAUUGCCGACAAGUGAGGGGUCAUUUGUGAAAAAUGUCCUGAAAAAGAAGAAAAUUGCAAUGGAUGAGUUUCUGAUGUCAGAAAGUUUGACUCUACGACCUGGAGUUGAAGAGUUUAUUGAUGAUGCAUACAAGGAAGGAGUACCUGUUGUCGUACUGACAACCUAUAGUAAGAGUGGGAAUCAAAUUGCCAGAUCAAUUGUUGAAAAGCUUGGCGAGGAAAGAGUUUCGAAGCUAAAGAUUGUCGGAGAUAAGGAGGUGUUACAGAGUUUGUUUAACCAACUGGUAAAUGAUAUAGCAUUAUCUUCUGGUAUGGAUGAGCAGCUAUCUAAGGAGGCAAUAAAAGCAGUUUCUGCUGAGAAAGAAAGGAUUUUUAAGGAGCUUGCAUUAUUGCUAAAGCUGAUUUUAGAUAUUGAUACUCGCCCGCCUGAAAGCUUAGAGAAGAUCAUUCUUGCAUUGCAAGCCGGGGCAGAAGUUGCUGGACUACCUGUAUGCAAUUGUGUUCUUAUUGCAGGAAGCCAGUCUGGUGUGGCUGGAGCUAAGCGAGUGGGCAUGCCAUGUGUUGUUUUAAGAAGCAGUUUGACGGCUAGAGAUGAGUUCCCUUGCGCAAAUGCGAUAAUGGAUGGGUUUGGAGGAGCAGAGCUGACCAUCCCUAAACUGCGCAACAAGGGACGCUCAUGAAGUCAAAUCAUGUUCCUAAACUGUGCAACAAGGGACGGUCAUGAAAUCAAAUCAUGUUCCUCUUUUUGCCAGACUAUUAACAGAGCUGUAAAUUUUUCUUUCCAUUUGUUGAUACGUCGGAAGAUUCAUCUCCCGUAGAGGGAUCUUACAAAGUUACAACAGAAUUAGAGCCGGGAUCUUACAAAGUUACAACAGAAUUAGAGCCGUUAAUCUCGAUACUCUAUAAUUUCUUCAGCUUGGAGCUGUUUUA